GACGACCAUUUCCCUAGCGGCAACAACAUCAGUGAUGUGGAAGGCGCUUUUAUAGGAGCAUUCAGCCUGGCGCACUUGAACCUUGCUGCAAAUCAACUGGAGCUGCUCCGAAGAAGUGACUUUUCACCGGAUAUCAUCGCCCCCUGCAGUCGUACUCAUUGAGGGUUACGUCUCUGUUUUCUUUACAUUUAUUGCUCUAAUGAAUAUUGCAUGUAUGACCACAUUGAACAAUUAUCAGCACUGACGAGUUCACUGCUUCGGAGGUAUGCUCUGCUGCAUUGCAUUCCCUCUUCUAAUUUAUGCGGUCUUCCAUCUACGUAAACUUGAUUAAUAGCAGUCAACGCGUCACGUAAAUAUUGUUGGUUAAAAGUUACCAGAUUCAAGUGCGCUGAAAGAUUAGAUUCACCUAGCGCUUCACGGCUAGUUAAAAAGAACGCCUGUCACGUGCAGACACAAGCGUCAAGGCGCACAAAGAAAAAAAACAAUAUGUCGCAGCUAUGAACACCGUCUGUUACUCCUUUGUGUACGAUGUAUAGCGUACAUUAUCUCAAAAAUGCCGGGACGCCCUACACCGCGGAGGCAGAAAUGAACGGUAAGGGGUUUGAUUUGUUCUAAACCUAGCAAUAAGAGCCUGCCGCAUCAAUUACAAUUAUACGCAUUGACACUGCCCUGAAGUUACUGUGAAUGCGUGAGCGAUGUCGGCAUCUAGCGAUUCCCAAAUAAUUCACCUUUGUUGAAAAUGGCAUAGGCUCAAUCAAAAUUGAGUAACCUACCACAGAAACUUGCCAACUACAAGAAAAAGCAUAGUGCUCGGUUUAAACGUUCGUACCAAGUUCAUAGGUGCAAUGGUCAGUCGAUUGGAACGCUAUAUACUCGCCGCGAAUCGCUUAAGGCUGGUGAAGUUGACGAUGACAACUGAGAGCGUUCAAGACACGGAGUGACUACACACUGCAUACGGUAGACCACUGUUCAGUCCAUGGUUCUUGUUGAGGUCAGUGGAGCGCUGCUGGCGAUGAGUGAGCGAGUUCACGUGCCGCGCAGCGAGAAGUGGCUGAGGCUUGCCUAACUGCGACACGAAGGAUUGCAGCGCUCUGCUGAUGCGGCUGAGAACCACACACUGAACAACUGUAUACUGGGUAUAGUCGCCUUCGACACCCUACGUUCUCGACCUCACCGUCAGCAUCACCAAGUUUCCCAGUAUCGCAUUUAAAUCACCAACCACUAAGUGGCGUUUGCUUUGCAAUGGACGCCUGAUUGGAGAAAUGUUCCGCCAGACUUCUCAUUCGCUCCUUGUUUUUCUUCAUUUAGAUAACCCUUUGAUCCUGCGACUGCCGCUUGGCUUGGCUCAUGCAAGAGGAGAGCAGCAUUCAGGUGAGAGGAAUCGCGAGGUGUGCAAAACCGUUCUGGCUAAAAGGAGAACAACUGAGCCUUUUGCCACACGAAGAUUUACUCAGGGUGGAAGAUAAGUGCGAACCUGGAUGUCAAUGUCACUGCAACGUGGGAGCGCACACAGAACGACACAUCACUGUGAACUGUUCGUCGGCCACUGCCGGCAGGAUCCCCAGAGUACUUCCGGAAAGUACGACGCAGUUAGACCUGAGCGGAAAUGGACUGCGCCUUCUGGAUGACGUUAUCAAGACAGCGGCGCCCCAUCUUGAAGUCCUCGUACUGAAAGACAAUGCCUUGAUCAGUAUCAACGUCACGUCUAUACCGCUAACAAUGAAUCAUCUCGAUUUGCGUGGCAACAAGCUCAAGCGGUUGCCACUCUUUUUGGUCACGCAACUCAACCUUACGUCCAUUUGGUUAUCUGGCAACCCUUACACCUGCGAUUGCGAUGACUACCACUUUAGGAGAUGGCUACAAGCUCACGGAAACGUGGUUCGGGAUUCCAAGGACAUCAUGUGCGGAAGAAGUUCCAAUCUACUUGUGUCACGGAAACGAUUCAUCGCCCUGGGGCAGAAUGACCUCUGUCCAGCAGCGAUACCACGAGAAGUGGUGUACGUCCUGGUAGCAUUUGGUCUAUUGACAGUCCUCUUGGCCCUGUCGGCUACUUAUAUGCGCUACAACAACGUGCUAAGGACGUGGAUGCGGGGUCAUGGCAUGUCUGGUCUUGCGCGGUGCCUCACCGAAGACGACACAGACAAGCUGUUCGACGUGUUCGUAUCGUACAGCAGCAAGGACGCCGGCUGGAUACACGAUCACAUUCUUCCUGAACUGGAGGCAAGGGGCUUGUCGUACUGCACUUACGAGCGAAACUUCAAGGGCGGCUACCUUCUUCAAGACAUCAUUCGGGACGCUGUCGGAUGCUCCCGGCGGACACUUCUUGUCCUUACAGAGAACUUUCUGGCGAGUGAGUGGUGCCGCUUCGAGUUCCGGAUGGCCCACCAGCGCGCUCUCCAGGACAACAUAAACCGGCUGGUCAUUGUCUUGGUGGAUGAACUAGGUCCCUGUGAACUCGAUGAAGACCUGCAGCUGUACGUGCGGUCGGCGAACUACCUGCCUUGGGGCGAACCCCAUUUCUGGGAUAGACUGCUGCAUUCACUGGCAACAAGAGAUGCCCGAAGGAAGCUAAUCGUCAAGAGACGCCCUGUACACAUUGCCUACAACGCUACCAACGACAUUGAGCUGAAAUAGCUUAUCCGGUGCGCAGAAUUCAUCAAUGAACGAGUGUUGUUCAUAACUGUACGCACGGUUGAAACUUGUUGAGAAGGCAACUGGUUGAAUCCAUUCUGUUUUUACUCAUUCUUUUCAUGUACCAUAGCAUGUUUACACAUAUUCUGUGGGUCAGGGAUACCUGUGCACUUCACCUGGUGG